UUUAUUGACUUGACUUUCCAUUUUUACGUUGAAAACACAUCAAAGAUGACCACAACAAUUCCUGGUUCGUUGGUUAAUAAGACCAAAAAGCACUUUAUGGGAAUGUCCGCCCCAGCUGGCUAUGUUGCUGGUGUUGGAAGAGGCGCUACUGGAUUUACUACAAGAUCUGAUAUUGGACCUGGCGUUGAUUUGCCCGCUGAUCCUGGGAUGGCUGGGGCAGCUGCAGGGGCAACUCCAGCUAAAAAGCCUAAAGAUGACGAUAAUGAUGAGCCUGAAGAUUUAAAUGACGCUAACUACGAUGAGUUCGAAGGUUAUGGAGGAAGUUUAUUCGCAAAAGACCCUUAUGAUAAAGAUGACCAAGAAGCUGACGAAAUUUAUCACGCUGUUGAUAUGAGGCAAGAUGAACGUCGAAGGGAUUAUCGAGAAAGAAAGUAUAAAGAAGCAGUCGAAAACUACAGAAAAGAAAGGCCCAAAAUUCAACAACAAUUUAGCGAUUUGAGAAGACAAUUGGCAACAGUCAAGGAGGAGGAAUGGGCAUCAAUUCCUGAAGUUGGUGAUAGCAGAAAUAGAGCAAAGAGGAAUCCAAGAAUGGAAACUUUCACGCCUGUACCUGACUCUGUUAUAGCUUCAGCAAUGGGCUAUGGACAAAUGAACACAGUAAUGGAUUCAAGUAUCCAAAAUGGAAUUUCUACUCCUUAUUCUGGUUUUCAAUCUUCUUUGGGUGGCGGCUUUCAAUCAACCUUUGGCGGAUUCCAAUCAAUUUUAAAUCCUGGAUUGGUCACUCCAGGUUGGAAGACUGGGUCAGGAACGUCUUCGGACUUGGAUUUGCGCAAAAUUGGACAAGCAAAAAAUCGGAUUAUGGAUAUUAGACUUAACCAGGUUAGUAAAGCUUUUUUAAUUUAUGAGGGAAUUAGCUAG